AGUAUUUUUUUUUUCGAUUUAUUUUUUAAAAUAAAGAUUUAUAUUCAUCUUACCUACAAUUUUAAUGUACAAGAUUCUCAAAAUGGUUACCAAGUUUAUCGUAGUGUUCGCCACUGUCAUAACUCUGUUUGGCCAUAACGUGGCUUUUGCUUAUCCACCGGAAUACAAGGGUUACUACGACGAUGACGUCAGCUACGACGGUGCAGGACAUCUGCAGGUUGGCUACAACGAUUACGCGCACUCCUCAUCGUCCGCCACCCCAUACCAUUUCGAGUACGGUGUGAAGGAUUUGCACACACAGGACAUCAAGAGCCAACAAGAAGUGAGCGACGGCAACGGUAAUGUUAAGGGAUCGUACAGUCUGGUGGAACCCGAUGGUUCCACCCGAGUGGUCGAGUACACGGCCGACCGCGAGCACGGGUUCAACGCUGUAGUCAAGAAAAUCGAAGCGCCCCAACACUAUUACCAUCAGUCACAUGCGGACAUCGGCUACCAUCACCAACAGCCGUCGAAUUACUACAAAUACUAUUGAAAAAUCCGAAACAAUAUUAUGUCGUGGUGUAAUAUCAUCAAAUCGCAAUUUAUAAUUUACUGAUUUACUCGUUAUCGUGCUGCGGCUAUUUUGUUGCUGUUGUUUUUGCCGUUGUUCACGCGUAAUAAUAAUGAUAAUAUUAGUAACAAUAAUACUGUAAUGGAGAUUUUUGCCAUAAAAAUACACCCUAGUCAGUAGUCUCUAUUGCUGUAUGGAUCAUGUUAUUAAAUAAUUAACUAACUUGUUUGUCAAAUAAAAACACUUAUCAUGAUUAAAACACGUUAUA